GGCAGGGAAGCAGCUGGAUGUACGCGAGCCGUGACCUGCAAUUAUUCAUAUUCAGUUUUUUUAUGUGUUCAGAUUAGCUGUUUUAAAUGCGUUAAUGUCACGAGGAACCUAUGAACCCACUGUUUUCAACGCCUGAGCGGAAAUAUAAGUUUGCUAGCCCGGCGUUAGCAUAACGGAACUGAGUAGUUAGCUUGGGAGCUAGCUAGGUAGGUAAUGAUAGCAUCUCAGCCGCUGGAGCCCCUCUCUUUCUUUACUAUGAAGGUUUGUCUGUCGGCCAAAUGUCACGUAUAGUUGACCUGCACCGUACGACACCUUUCAUAUGAGUCUUAAACUGGUUUUGUCUGUUUUAGUAGCUGCAUGACACCAGUUUAGCUCAUACUAACGCUAGCUUGCAUAUCCCGGUGAAGAUUGGUCGAGCUAGGAAAUGUUCCUGGACCUUACAAACUAGCUAUUGAUUUCUAAUGUUGCAGUGUGAGGACCUAGUCAGUCACAGCUACGUAGCACGUCACUGCAACUUCUAGUAACCUUUUUGGGCGACGGGUUUACGUCUCUUAUGACAAAAACAGCCAUGACUGCUGCGUGGAUGUGUGAAGCAGGAGAAUGAGUGGGCGCCUGGAAGGUAGAGGAUGCCACCAUCUUUCACCGAAGACUGUCCAGCCUAACACAUCGAUUAGCUGACCAACUGCUGGAGGAGGACUGGGAAGCACACACUGUGUAUGUGUGUGUGUGCGUGUGUGAGAAGCUACUGCUCUCGGCUAUAUCAGUUAGUCUCGUUCAGCUCUUCUGCCCCAUGGCUGCUGUUAGUGGUGUCAACAUGCUGUCCCAGCUCGGGGACGUGGCUUUGGCAGGUCCAGGAGUCGCAGGGCUGCCCGCUAUGUCCUUUACCAACACGUCGGUGUCUGCCAGUCCGACGCCGGGUGCUGAUACCAGGGGGUGCGAGAAUGGCGCCUUGAUGGACUCGUUUGGGAUUUUCCUGCAAGGACUCCUGGCUGUGAUGGCUUUCAGCACGCUGAUGUUGAAACGCUUCAGGGAGCCAAAACAUGAGAGGAGACCCUGGAGGAUCUGGUUCCUGGACACCUCAAAACAGGCCAUUGGGAUGCUGUUUAUCCACUUUGCUAAUGUCUACUUGUCAGAUCUCACAGAGGAGGAUCCUUGCUCACUAUACCUCAUUAACUUCCUGUUGGAUGCUUCUCUUGGCAUGUUGCUGAUCUAUGCUGGAGUGAGAGCCGUCAGCGCUGUUGUAGAGUGGAGGCAGUGGGACUCACUGCGCUUUGGAGAAUACGGAGAGCCAGUGCAGUGCACAGCUUGGUUGGGCCAGUGUAUCCUCUACAUCCUCAUCAUGAUGUUUGAGAAAGUCCUCAUCAUGUUGGUCCUCCUCAUCCCCCAGUGGAAGAAGCUGGCUCUCCUCAACCCCAUAGAGAAUCCCAACCUGGAACUGGCCAUCGUCAUGCUCAUCGUUCCGUUCUUCAUCAACGCCCUCAUGUUCUGGGUGGUAGAUAAUUUCCUAAUGAAGAAGCACAGGACAAAAGCAAAGCUGGAGGAGAGAGAGGAGGACUCACGGGGGAACAGCAAGGUGCGCUACAGACGAGCUCUGUCCCAUGAUGACUCGGAGUCAGAGAUCCUUUUCUCAGCAGACGAUGAAAUGGAUGAGUCAGAUGAAGACGAUGUUCGCCGGCUCACUGGCCUGAAGACGGUGAAGAAGAAGAAGCUUCGCAUGGGGAUCCCUCCGGGCGAGGUGAAGAAGAAGAAGCGUCCCCCGAUGAAGGUGGAGGACCUGAAAGGAGCUCGCAGUAAACUGGGACUGAAGGGCGAGGCUAAGAGUAAGACCUAUGAGGUCAUGGUGGAGUGUGAACGUAUGGGCAAAACGGCACCAUCUGUGUUCAGCAGUGUGAGGACGGGAACAGAGACGGCCCUGAGCAAGCCUGCUGCUGCCAAAGCUCCUGGAGGCAGUGGGUUCAGCAAGUAGAGGCACGACAGGAUACAACAAAAGCACUGAAGAAACACACCAUAGUCUUGAUGUUUCUGAGUCAGUGGUGAUGCUGCAGGAUAAUGUAAUGAAGUGAUAGUUAAGAGAAACGGACUAGUUGACGGUAGAGUUCGUUGACAUCACUGCUAUGUAAGCAGUUAUUGUACUUUGUAAUUUGCACAGUGCAACAGACAUGGAGAACAGGUUUAGAUUGAUGUGGCUGGUGAUCUGUAAAUGAGAUGUGACAUUUAUUUAUCAGUGUUGACAAAAAAAAUUGCGUAUUUGUUCUUUUUUUUACCUGACCAUUUUCCUAAAUAAAUGAUUUCCCCCUGUA